AUGCUCGUACGAAUUCUUCAGGCUAUCAGACAUCCCGGAUUCCAAUUGUAUUGCCACUUCUUUUUUGUAGAGAGCCACCCUCGAUCCCAUGAGAAGGCAUCAUUCAUUAUCGGCUUGACUCACUUCCAUCUCAUAUUAGAAAAUGUCGAGGGCAACAAUAACAAGGCAGAAGGAGGUUUGGACGAUCAGAGAGCUUCUCCACAAACGCAAGGAACCCCGUCCCAAGCCUGUCGAAACCAAUCGACCGUUGAUAACACUCUGCGCUCAUGUUUUCAUACAACGAAACGUCGUUGCUUUCGGACUUAGUGCUUCUGACAGAGUAGCACAGAAAAAAAUAUAUGUAAAUACAAAUAAUUCUUUUGGCCUUCAAUUGCUGAGCAGAGUUGACAGCCUGGAACCCUUUGGGUCACAGAGCAUUAUCUAAUUUGCCAUCUGUUGACAAAAGUGGAAUGGCUCGGCCCGUUAAAGGCAGCGGUGGUGACCAAGCUCUUUUGCUUAGUAGUUGCACCAUCGAAGUAAACUUCACCUUAAUUUUUAGCCUCG